CCCACACCAGUCUGUGUUUCCCUAUCGCCCUGUCAUAGCAGUGUUUUCUCAGAGCCUCAUGUAAUGUAUAUUCAGUCAUGGACUCACCUGAAGCAUGUCCUCAGUCUCCAACAAUUCCUAUAUAGCAUGUUCAUAAUCUGAUUCUCUUGUAUCAUGUAUGCAGUCUCUGACCAGUUCCUAUACUAUAUUUGCAGUCUCUGACUAUCUCCCGUGUAGUAGGUCUGCAGUCUCUGAUCAUCUCUUGUAUUAUGUCUGCAGUCUCUGACCAUCUCCUGUACCAUGUUCACAGUCUCUGACCAU